UUUGAAUAUCGGAUCUCCAAAAUUUGUUGCGAUACCUGUCAAGGUCCUUGGAUUGUUUACAGGGUCAAGGAGCAGAAUCGUUCCCUUCGCUGGUUUGGCAACAUCUAUGGCCCGGGAUACUGGAACAGCUCCCAUAAUCGAAGCCAUGGUGCCCACAAAGGGUCUUUGGAACGACUUCUCCGCCAUGAGCCACGAGAUCUGUCGAUUCAGAGACCUCAGGAUCUUCAUAAGAAUCACAGAGGCACUCACCUGGUUGGCAUGCGGUGCUGCAACUAGAAUGACAGAGCCCUCGGCAGGUACAUGCCAUGCUCCACGAACUUGGAUAUCUCUGAAGAAGCAGUCUACCAUCGUGGCAAAGACCCGGAGAAUGAUAUCGUAUACCCACCCCACGGCAGGCUUCAGGUUAGGCGGCGCCGCCAUCGUGACGGUUCUGUUCAGGCACAAGUAGUAUUAAUUAUGACUGGGAACAGAGCUUAUAGUGGUGAGAUAAACAGGUUGAUUGUAGCUACACAAGCCAUCUACUCACCGUGCACGAUUGUAAGAAAGUACUUGGAGUUGUGAAAAUGUAUUUUGUUGAGAGCGGGGCACCGAAAGAGGAAUAUCUCACCCACGUGACUUUCUGACACCUUUUGGCUACCUUACCUGAACCCUACUAGGACCUAUGUACUUCUGAUAUAUUAUUUUGUUGUAAGACGAGAUAUGAAAAUGAGCCAGUGGUAUAGGCUUGCAUGUUAGUCGUUGUCCGGCGGGAUUUAGCGUCUUCGCUUCAAUUGUUGACUUUCGGUUCUGUUCUGUUCAUCGCAUGACGGUGAAAUAAAAGAUAGCACCUUGUUCAUUUUCGAGACUGAGUUUUCAUGUAAUGUAGUCCCAGAAAUUCUUUUUCCAGUUGUCCUUAAAGAAAUGUGAGUAUGGUGGAUGGUCGGGGCUUAGAUGAUUUACAGCGAGAAAAACGGAUGUCGGCGGACACCACCCUUGAAAGCAUGUCGCCUCUCAUUUAUGUUAAUGUCUGUGAUACAGUCAAUUGCCGAGAGUAACUUGCAACAAAACGAUUUCCAAGUGAUGCAACGAAGAAUCGAUACCGAAACGUUUGCUCUCGUUACUCCCUGCCAAUGCUUGGCUGCCCGUAAAUGGCCUAAUAUGGAAGGUCGUAAGCUCCAUCCGGCACACAUCGUCAAGAACACGUCCUACGAGUGUGGCUCAGGGCAAAUAAACCUGCAAUUGAUGUUCAUCCAAUCGCGAAUAUUUACAAAAAUGCUCGAACAUCUUAGGUGGCAAACUCGAUUUGUUUUAUGCUUAUCGUUUGAUGGCAAGACCAGCAGGAAGUAUCCCCCUUUUUCAUUUCUCAGGGCGGCGCAGUAAAUACCAAGCUCGGCUACGGCAAUAAUCCCACCCAAUAAGUCCCAGGCAACGAUGCAGCCAAGUCCUGAUCCAAUCUCCUGACUUCCACCCUGGCCUGGAGCUGUGAUCUUUAUUUCGGCAACUUGCCCACUUUUUGCAUGUUUUGCGCCGCGCGUCUUUAACAACUUUUCCAUAAAGCAAGCCAGCUUGUUGGGAUGCUGUGGUUUAAGCAUGGCCUGGCAAAUGCCGUGGUCCUCUUGUCCACAUUACUGCAUUCCACUGCAGCCGUUGAAUGUGCAGGUAGCGGCUUAUACACAGUCACUACAGUCAACAGGCAAGAAGACCUCGACAGCCUGGUUGCCAAUUGCACCGUAUGGCUUGGUGACAUCAGUAUUGCCAACGAGUGGAAUGGUACAUUGGUUCUGAACAACAUUGUCAAUUUCACAGGUCGAUUUACGACAGACCAGUACCAUGAGGAUUACACUGAGGAGUACACUGACUCACUCUGGCCUAGCCCUCUCCUCACGUCAAUCGAGGCUCCGCAGCUGAGAUUUCUCGGCGUGUUGUCUUUUAUGAAUGCAUCCAAUAUUGAGACCGUAGCUCUUCCAAACCUUGAGAAGAUUGGGAGUUUAUUCGUCGACCAGAGCGAGCAGAAAGAACUAGUUCUAGACGUUACAUCGCUGAAAAUUGUCACUGAUAAACUUCAGAUACUGGGCAAUGUACCGAAGGUCAGCUUCCCCAACUUGACUGAGGCUGAUUCAAUUUUCAUUGCCAGCAAUCGUAGCCUGCUCGCACGUUACUCCUACUACGAAGGUAGCGGCCCAUUCCCAGGCAUGGCGGUAGAUUUCCCGUUGCUAGUGCAUGCAGGGUUGGUACACUUGAUAGGAAACAUAUCCAGUAUCAAAAUGCCCUGGUUGAUGAGCUCAGGUGGGGGUUAUAAUCAGUAUGACUUGAUAGACAAGUGGUCGCUGAAAAUUUGGACCACUGGAAAUCCGCUAAAUGUCAACUUCCCAUUCCUGCGGAAUGUCUCUGACAUUUCUUUGUGGGGAACCGUGAACAGCUUCUACUUUCCAGACCUUGAAAGUAUGGACGGGACCUUUGAGUUUAAACCAACCAUUAAUGCCUUUUUUCAAACCUGGCCACUACAGUAUGUAGGGAGAAUUGAAGUUGGUGGAAACGUGACUGACUACAAUCUGGAUUCUCUCAGAACAGUUGAUGGACUCAAAAUAUAUCCAUUGGAAAAAAUCGACUGCGAUCCUGCUGUCGAAGCUUGGCUCAGAAUGCAUCCUGGAUACGACAUGAAAGACUGGUACGAUGCUAGAUACUACUACGACCCAUAUUUUGACUGCAAUGCCAAGUCGAGGAAGAAAGAAAACCCAUUCCCGAAAGUGGCAGUCGGCCUGGCCGUGGGUAUCGGCAUCCCAGUCUGGCUGUUUUUCAUGUUUGCACUGUGGCACAGCAGGAAGCAGAAAAAGAAGGCCGAAGAAGUUGCUAAGAUAAAACCACCGGAUUAUGAGGCUGAGAUGGCAGCCAGGAGCGCAGGUGGUGGUGAGGUUUUACCCGACUAUGAGCCGCGGAGGAGUCAGGGAAGUGGAGGACACCCUGAAUCGGUAAUUGAGCUUGUUGAUAUGACCAGGCCGUCUCAACGUCCACAAAACCCACCAGGAUACGAUGUUGCAGUAGGUAAUGGCAAUGCGAUAGUUUCAACUGGAGGAGCCGCAGAAGAAACCCACAAUGGAAGGGCAAUAAUAGAUAAUGAGCCAAGAUCGACAUCUGCGACUUGAGGAUGUUGCUGGAUGGGGCGUAUCUAUUAGACGAACACGUAUUGCAAAACUGCAGGCAUAUACAUGGAAUGUCUACCUGGACAACAAAAACCUAACAUAAUUUUUAAUUGUUAAUCCUCUCAACAUGUG